AUGGCACCUGCCCCGUCACACGCCUCAUACCUCCGCAAUGGCCCUACCCCCGACGGCCGCAGCCUCGCCCAACACUCUAUCCCCCAACAAUACGCCCAUCCGCUAUCCAGACACAGCGCAUACGGUUCGCCGCCCUCCGACACGGGCCGCACUCCAAAGCCCGCAGAGCACAUGCUGCGCCGCAAGACGCCAAAUGGUAUUCUGGCCGCCGCAUACGAUGGCACAUCUGUCGAGACCAACGGAGAGCCCCAUGCGACAAAACACAUUCUGCUUCCCGUGACCGCCGAAUCCGGCAUGCCCUAUCGCAUUAACAAAGACCUGCCUCUCCGCUCGCCGGCUCUUCAUCGUGGCCACGCCCAGAAUCAGAGAGAUGGGCUGGAAUGGAGUGCCAGUCGUUACUUUGAGACGGGAUCUGGCCUCUCCGCCCAACACUUGCCACAGAUUGAUUCGAUGCUUAGCCAAAUACCCCCAUUGCAACCCCUUGAGCCCUACCAGAUGUACGGCAAUCCUUUCUGCGGCCCCAUGGGGCCUCCAUUUCAAACACCCCUGAAUCCCACCGUCUCCAACGAUCAAGGGCCAUAUGGCCCGUAUUGGCACGAUGGCACCUACAUUCCCUAUCGGCCUGCUGCCAUGCGCGAUCCUCGGUUUUUGCAUCAUCCUAAUCAUAACUGGAGUCAUUCACAUAGCAACCCCUUUGCAGGUCACCCCUACAGUAAUGUCAUGCCCAAUCUUUCACAUCAUCAGCCGAAUCCUGUUCAAUUAGACUAUGCACAAGGCGCCUACGGCCGCGCCCCAAGGCCGCAACUGGAGUUUUCGCCAUAUGCGCAGCCCCAUGCAAACGUUGCAUUGGAUUAUCAAAAUCAGCUUCUCCCUCCGCCCCCUACUCAACGUCCUCAAGACUUUUUGCAUUCCGGUCAAACAACACCUAUCGCUGAGCACAUGCCCAGCAUUCCGCUCGAUGACUUUAGUACACUACCCCCGAGCGAACAGCCAAGGGAAAAGGUGUUUGCAUGGGCCCAUGCUGUCUACGUAGACAUGCUUAGACAUUUACAAGCAACGCGGAAAACUAAUUCACAUCCUCAUGGCCGCACACACCAACGGCCUCACAUUUACCCCAAACCGCCGCGACAACCCGGAGGCAGCGUUUCUGGUCCUUCGGUCAGCAGCAUGCCGUCUCUGGAACGUCGUGUAUCGUGUCCAAGCCUCCAACACGGUGUCCCUCCAAGCGUGACUACUGCUUCUGCCCUAGAGGCCAUCACCAAACAUUGCGAAGAAAGCAAAUGGACUUGGAUAGACGGCAUCCUUUUAGGUGGUUGUCUGGCUUACGCGCUGGGUGACUACCAAAAGGCUCAAGACUGGUACAAACAUAUCCUGACCCUCGACAAAGACCAUGUUGAAGCCAUUUCGAAUCUGGCGGCUACUAUGCUUGCUCUUCAGCAAAAGCGUGAAGCCGAGAGCCACUGGAGGCGCGCUGUCAAACUACGUCCAAGCUAUUUCGAGGCUGUCGAGCAUCUCAUUGGUCUACUCUGUAGUGACCACAAAGGACGAGAGGCGGUUCAGGUUAUCGAAGAUGUUGAACGUCAGCUGAGAUUCGUCAAGCGAGGAGAUGCCCUGCGAAGUCUUGAAGCGCAAAGCGAACGUUCAGCCUCUACAUACAGCGAGUCGAGCCUCUCUGAAGCAUCCGAUCGCCCCAUUUUCGAGUUCGAAGGCGAAGAAUCAUCGGUUUUCAAGGAGCUAGACGAGCUUCCUGGCUCGGAUCAGCCAGGCUUCGGCUCGAGCGGAUAUGCCAUUGCAGGCUGCGAUAACGGUCGCAUUCUUGCAUUGGUACACGCCAAAGGCAAUAUGCUCUACGCACUUGGCGAUAAUGCCGCCGCCGCCAGAGCCUUCGAAGAUGCAGUUCUUAUUGGGACUGGACCACACACCAACGGCAUUGAUGGUCUCAUCAAGCGUAUUCUUGCCGUUGUUGGAUACGAUGUUGCAGAGCGCUCACCAGGUGGACGCCGUGUGCCACCCUCGUCCGAUCCAAUCCUGCUCCCGCCGGAUGCAGCGACUAGGACAGCUCAGCUUUGCUUCCCACCUCAUGGCCAGCUCCCUGGUCUGAAACAUGUUUCCAGCGAAGGUCUCUCGAGGAAAGCAGCUAUAUCGACGAUGAGUAACUCCUUACUCUCAUUGGCAAAGAUUUUCCAAGACGGCAUGGCUACCAACUCGCCAAAGACGCCGACGUAUCAGAGUACCUACGGUGUCCGAGAGAUUCUGGCUCUUUAUUACUUAUCAUUAUCCCUUCAGCCCAGUCCAUCAACAGCCAACAACGUCGGUAUUUUACUUGCCAGCGUGCAACAGUCUGCCCCUGCAAAACCGAGUCCUGUAUCGCACGCUUUUGCUCAGCCUCAGAUACCUGGCUUAAUCCCAGGCAGUGGCGUUGCUCUCGCCCUUGCAUACUACUCCUACGGACUCCAGUUGGAUUCAUCCCACGCUCACCUGUACACGAACCUCGGAAGUCUCUUGAAAGACAUUGGACAACUGGAUUAUGCUAUCAACAUGUACGAAAAGGCCGUCCAAUGCGAUCAAGGAUUCGACAUUGCUCUCGCAAACCUUGCCAAUGCCGUCAAAGACAAAGGCCGCAUCGCCGAUGCCAUCUUCUACUAUCGCAAGGCUGUCAAGUCGAGCCCUGACUUUGCGGAAGCUGUUUGUGGGCUUGCUAAUGCUCUCAAUUCAGUUUGCAACUGGGCUGGGAGAGGUGGAAUAGCCGACGAUCACGGCUCCAGAGACCGAUGGCACGUCAACGAGAAUGGCAUGCUUUUGGACGCCGCUCUACCAGGUGCUUCGAGUUCCGGAUGGAUCCACAAGGUUGUCAAGUUGGUUGAGAAGCAGCUUGCUGAUGGCGAGGACUGGGGCAGAGGUGUCAUGGAUGAUUACUUCAUCCAGGAUAUCAUGCGUCCCUUUAUUCUCACUGGCACUAAUGCACAAGAUACCAAAGAGAAAGAGGAUAGCAUGAGAAAAGUAUUGACCAAAUGGAAGGGCCAGAAGUGGGAAGGCGCCCGCAUCGUACGUCUUGUUGAGCGUGCUAUCAGAUGGAUGACUUGGCAGUGGUAUCAGGAUCGACAUGUGACUGGACAGCAGCGACCGUCAUCCUCAUACAGAAGGCCCCAGCUCCCAGCGGGCUUGACGAUACCUGCAGCUCCAACUGUACUACCUUUUCACACCUUCACAUGUCCCAUGUCAGCCAAGCAAAUUCGCCUGAUAUCACAACGGAACGGCCUGCGAAUCUCAUGUUCGACGUUGAGGGUUCCCUGGCUCCCACCGACUGUUUAUCAACCACCAGCUCCACCGAGGCCAUAUCUGAAAGUCGGCUACGUAUCUUCAGACUUCAACAACCAUCCACUAGCUCAUCUGAUGCAGUCUGUGUUUGGAUUGCACGACCCGAGCCGUGUAAAAGCGUAUUGUUAUGCGACCACUGCGAGUGACGGAUCCGAACACCGCAAGCAGAUCGAGAAGGAAUCUCCAGUCUUCUACGACGCCAGCAGUUGGUCUGCGGAGCGACUGGUCCACCAGAUCACCAGUGACGGCAUACAUGUCCUUGUGAACCUCAACGGAUACACCAGGGGAGCAAGGAACGAAGUAUUCGCUGCCCGUCCUGCUCCCAUCCAAAUGGCCUUUAUGGGUUUUGCGGGUACCCUCGGCGCCGAAUGGUGCGACUACCUGCUUGCUGAUGAUACUGCUGUGCCCCCGGACACUCUCCGUCAAUGGCGCCGUAACAUCGACCUUGAAGAUGCAUUGGUGGACGACAACAGCGGCGGCACAGACGACAAGUGGAUAUACGGAGAAAACAUCAUCUUCUGCAGGGAUACAUUCUUCUGCUGUGACCACAGACAGAGUGCUCCAGACUCGCAAGGUCGACAGCCAAACUGGGAAGAAGAGCAACAACGAAGAUGGGCGAUGCGCAAAGAAAUAUUUCCCAACCUUUCCGACAACGCCAUCAUUCUUGCGAAUUUUAACCAGUUGUACAAGAUCGAACCCACAACGUUCCGCACUUGGUUGCGCAUUCUUGAGAAGAUUCCCAACGCCGUUCUCUGGCUGUUACGAUUCCCCGACCUUGGCGAGACGAACCUCAAGCAAACAGCUCUCAUGUGGGCAGGUGCAGAAGUCGCCAGUCGCAUCAUGUUUACCGACGUUGCUCAAAAGCAUCAGCACAUUUCUCGGGCACGUGUCUGUGAUCUGUUCCUAGAUACGCCCGAGUGCAACGCGCAUACGACGGCUGCGGAUGUGCUUUGGUCUGGUACGCCGUUGCUAACGCUACCACGAUACAAGUACAAGAUGUGCUCUCGAAUGGCAGCGUCCAUUCUCAAGGGCGCAUUGCCCAAGACGCCCGCGGGUGCACAAGCUGCGAAAGAGCUUAUCGCAUCCAGCGACGAAGAAUACGAGGACAUGGCUGUCCGCUUAACACGCGAUUACAAGUACGAGGGUCACCGACCCACUGGACGACUCAGUGAAUUACGACAUAUGCUCUACGAGUCACGGUGGACAAGCCCUCUUUUUGACACCAAAAGAUGGGUUCGGGAUUUAGAAGAUGCAUACGAAAGAGCAUGGAAAAAAUGGGAAAAGGGUGAAGGCGGUGACAUAUGGCUGAAGCAUUGAUAGCUCUCUUAAGCAUAGCGGUUGCAUUCUCAUUUGCUAGAAGCACGCUUGAGGCUAGACCAGGCAUGCAUGUGUUUUGAGCUUAGAUUCUUGGUUUGGAUUCUGCGAAUUUUGCGAACUACGCACUGGGAUUUUGUAAGCAGUUGGUUACUGCGGUUAUAUUCUGUUGUUCCUAUACCCCCACAUUGAUUUGUAUUGGAUAUGUUUCUUGGUUAUGUAGGGGGUGUUUGCGUGCCCUCCGGUAGCUUCAUGUUAAUGGGCAUUCAAGUCGGCAUUAUCUUCGUUAGCCAUUUUUGGAUAAUAGGACUUUUGACUCGCGUUCGGCCACAUGUUGUGUCUGUUUUCAGAGCGAGUAG